GAGCAAGGAUUUGAUGUGAGGAGGAUUAGAAGACGAUGAAAUCCCUACUGGUCUUAAACCCUCUUCAGCUCCCCAAACCCUUCCCUUGCCCUAAAACCCUAUACCCUAUCCAAUUCCCGCAACCUUCAAUUCACGGCCAUGGCUGCCGCUCCAGAACCAAGCACGGCGCCAUUUCUCUCCGCCAGCUCAGAAUUCGCUCCGCUUCUUCCAACUCCGUUGCAGCUCUCACCACCGCAGACGGAGACGCCGAGUCCGCUCAGCUCUUCGAGAAAUUGAAGGAUGCAGAGAGACAAAGGAUUAAUGAGUUGGAAGAACUUGAGAAGAAGGCGAAUAUACAAUUAGAGAGGCAGCUUGUCAUGGCUUCAUAUUGGAGCAGGGCCUUAUUGACUAUGCGUGGCAAGUUGAAGGGGACAGAGUGGGAUCCUGAAAAUUCACAUAGGAUUGAUUUUAGUGACUUUUUGAGACUGCUUAACUCAAACAAUGUCCAGUUUAUGGAGUACUCAAACUAUGGUCAAACAAUAUCAGUGAUCCUGCCUUACUACAAAGAUGAGAAAAUGGGAGAAGUGGAUGGGAAUUCAAAAAAGGAGAUUAUUUUUAGGCGUCAUGUGGUUGACCGAAUGCCAAUAGAUUGUUGGAAUGAUGUUUGGCAGAAAUUGCAUCAGCAAAUAGUAAAUGUUGAAGUAUAUAAUGUGGAUACAGUACCUGCAGAAGUCUAUUCUACUGUCGCAACUGCAGUCAUAUGGUCCAUGCGGCUUGCCUUGUCUAUUGUAUUAUAUCUGUGGAUUGAUAACAUGAUGCGACCAAUUUAUGCGAAGUUGAUACCUACUGAUCUAGGAACUCCUAGCAAAAAAACAAGAAAACCACUCAAGCGCCGUGCCCUCGGAUCAUUAGGAAAGAGCCGGGCCAAAUUCAUAUCUGCAGAAGAAUCUACUGGGAUUACCUUUGAUGAUUUUGCUGGCCAGGAGUAUAUAAAGAGGGAGCUGCAAGAGAUUGUACGAAUUCUAAAGAAUGAUGAAGAGUUUCAGGACAAAGGCAUCUAUUGCCCGAAAGGUGUGCUUCUCCAUGGACCUCCCGGAACAGGAAAAACACUGCUGGCCAAAGCUAUUGCUGGUGAAGCAGGCCUGCCAUUUUUUGCAGCAAAUGGCACAGAUUUUGUAGAGAUGUUUGUCGGUGUUGCAGCAUCUCGUGUGAAGGAUCUAUUUGCUAGUGCCAGAUCCUUCACACCCUCCAUUAUAUUUAUUGAUGAGAUAGAUGCCAUUGGUAGCAAACGUGGUGGACCAGAUAUUGGUGGGGGUGGUGCAGAACGAGAACAAGGCCUACUUCAGAUACUGACAGAGAUGGAUGGAUUUAAAGUUGCUACCUCACAGGUCCUUGUGAUAGGUGCAACAAAUAGGCUAGAUAUCCUAGAUCCUGCUUUGUUGAGGAAAGGUCGUUUUGACAAGAUUAUAAGAGUCGGUUUGCCGUCAAAGGAUGGUAGAUAUGCUAUAUUGAAGGUGCAUGCAAGAAAUAAGUUUUUUCGUUCUGAAGAGGAGAAGGAGACUCUUCUUCAGGAAAUUGCAGAGCUUACAGAAGAUUUUACUGGUGCAGAGCUGCAGAACAUACUGAAUGAAGCUGGUAUUUUGACUGCCAGGAAGGACUUAGAUUACAUUGGACGAGAAGAGCUACUAGAGGCUUUGAAAAGGCAAAAGGGCACAUUUGAAACCGGUCAGGAAGACAGUACUGAAAUGCCAGAAGAAUUAAGAUUGAGAUUGGCGUAUAGAGAAGCAGCUGUUGCUGUCCUGGCGUGCUACUUUCCAGAUCCAUAUCGUCCUAUCAGUGAGACAGAUAUCAAAUCCAUUAGUAGUCAGCCAAAUAUGCGCUACACUGAGAUAUCUGGCAAGGUCUUCUCAAGAAAAUCAGAUUUCGUAAAUGCGAUAGUGCGCGCAUGUGCUCCUAGAGUAAUUGAGGAGGAGAUGUUUGGGGUUGACAAUUUAUGUUGGAUCUCUGCAAAAGCUACACUGGAAGCCUCGAGGCGUGCAGAAUUUCUUAUUCUUCAGACAGGAAUGACAGCAUAUGGGAAAGCAUACUACAGAAACCAAAGUGAUCUUGUGCCAAAUCUUGCAGCUAAGCUUGAAGCACUCCGUGAUGAAUAUAUGCGUUAUGCUGUUGACAAGUGUUCAUCUGUGUUAAGGGAGUACCAUUCAGCAGUAGAAACAAUCACAGAUAUUUUACUUGACAAGGGAGAAAUCAAAGCCGAGGAAAUUUGGGACAUAUACAAAAGGGCACCUCGAAUACCUCAGCCUGCAGUGAAUGCAGUUGAUGAAUACGGAGCCCUAGUUUAUGCUGGGCGGUGGGGAAUACAUGGGAUUACACUUCCAGGAAGAGUUACAUUUUCACCUGGAAAUGUUGGUUUUUCAACCUUCGGUGCUCCCCGGCCUAUGGAGACCCAAAGAGUUAAUGAUGAAACCUGGGAGCUAAUCGAUGACAUCUGGGAUAAAAGGGUUCAAGAAAUUAAAGCUGAAGCUUCUGCAGAGGUUGAAGAAGACAAAGAGAGACCACAACUUUUGAUGGCCGGCCAUUUCUUUUAAAAGGACUUGAUUAUCAAUCAGGAAGGCUAUUUCGAGGUUGAUGAUCUGCAUGCCAAUUUAUUGCCUAUGAACCUAACAUGUUGACAUAUUCCAAGGUAUUUUUGUUGUUAGGAGUCAAAAUCAAUAAACAGAAACUUGUAUGAUCAGUGGCUUCAAAUCAAGAUUUUUCCUCAGCAACACAAGCUACAGUGGCGACGGUGAAUCUUGGUAGAGGUGACUAAUGUUGUGUGAUGUGUGGAAACGCACUGAUAAUUGCAAUUAUGGGGUAUGGAAGACUGUAGUGUCUUACCAUAGGUGAGCAUGCCAGUGUUUUGGAGAUAGUAUUUUUUGUAGAAGGGACAGAAUUUAUUAAAAUGCUGAAAAUUUUGAAAUAGUAAGAGAAAGAUUACUGGACACGCUUAAAUCUGUCGGUGUAAUAUAAUAACUGAUUUAGAGAAAGACUUGUAUGCUAAUGUUAUUCUAAUUCAAACUUUAUAAAUAG